CGUCUCAACCUCCAGCCUCUCCCAGAGCCAGCAGUCACAAGAUCACGAGCUCGCAAGUCUACCGAACCCGUGGUCAUCGACGCGCCAACACUCGCAUUGCAACAAAUUUCGCUUUUAGCUCGCCGUCGCCGCUCGGCCCGCUCUUGCUCUCUCUCUUGCGGUCGGCAGCAAGAGAGCACCACUUUUGUCCCCUGUUUCUUGAAGCAGAGCUGCGGGUUUUCUUUCUCCUUCUCUCUGUUUGCCGGCGGCCAUGGGAGGAGGAGCUUCGAGGCUCGGGCUGCCGCAGUUGAUGGCGGUCGUGUUUAUUCUACUGGCAUUGUGUGGUUUCGGUGUCCAUGGAAGGAACCACAUCCACAAGAGACCGCACGGCGGUGGCGGAGGCCGGAGCAGGAGCGGCGGCAGGGGAGGCUCGGUGGUGUCGUCCCCCGCGGUUCCGCCGGCGGACGAGCAGACGCAGCCGGCGACGCCCCCGCCUGGCAUUGUGCCCUCCGACCCGGCCGUCCCCGCCCAGCCGGAGCAGUGCGUGUUCGACGUCCGGGCGUUCGGCGCGGCGGGCGACGGCACGACGGACGACACCGAGGCGUUCCGGGCGGCGUGGAGGGCAGCUUGCGCCGUCGAGUCGGCCGUGAUCCUGGUGCCGUCCGACGGCACGUUCACCAUCACCACCACCACAUUCGCCGGGCCCUGCAAGCCGGGCCUCGUCUUCCAGGUGGAUGGGGUGCUGAUGCCGCCGGACGGGCCGGACUGCUGGCCAGCGUCGGAUAACCGGCGGCAGUGGGUCGUCUUCUCCAACCUCGACGGCCUGACGCUGCGCGGGGCCGGCACGAUCGAGGGCAACGGCGAGGGCUGGUGGAACCUCCCCUGCAAGCCUCACAGGGGUCCGAACGGGUCGACGCUGCGCGGCCCGUGCGACAGCCCGACGCUGGUGAGGUUCUUCAUGAGCCGGAACCUGGCGGUGGAGGGCCUGAGGGUGGAGAACAGCCCGGAGUUCCAUUUCCGGUUCGACGGCUGCAGCGACGUCCGCGUCGACGGGCUCUCCAUCAGGUCGCCGGCGAGCAGCCCCAACACCGACGGCAUCCACGUCGAGAACACCGAGCGCGUUGCCAUCUACAACUCCAUGAUCAGCAACGGGGAUGACUGCAUCUCGAUUGGAACCGGGAGCUACGACGUCGACAUACAAAAUGUUACUUGCGGUCCUGGACACGGCAUAAGCAUCGGGAGCCUGGGGGUGCACAACUCGCAGGCGUGCGUGGCGAACGUGACGGUGCGGAACGCGGUGAUCCGGAACUCGGACAACGGGCUGCGCAUCAAGACGUGGCAGGGCGGCAUGGGGUCGGUGUCCGGGAUCAGCUUCGACACGGUGGCCAUGGAGAACGUGCGCAACUGCAUCAUCAUCGACCAGUACUACUGCCUGGACAAGCGGUGCAUGAACCAGUCCACCGCCGUGCACGUCACCGACGUCUCCUACGCCAACGUCCGGGGCUCCUACGACGUCCGCGCCGCGCCCAUCCACUUCGCCUGCAGCGACACCGUCCCCUGCACCAACAUCACCAUGUCCGAGGUCGAGCUGCUCCCCUUCAGCGGCGAGCUCGUCGACGACCCCUUCUGCUGGAGUGCCUACGGCCUCCAGCAGACGCCCACCAUCCCUCCCAUCUACUGCCUCCAGGACGGCCUGCCCGAUUCGCUCCUCCUCGACAACCCGGAUCUCAGAUGCCGAUGAUCCUACUGGCUAAUUAUUAUUGCUGCAACUAGUUUUAGUCUUGAGUUUCGUGGAGUUGUACAUGUCAUGUGUGGCGCUUCUGCUCCCGCUGCUCCCGGCCGAUAUUGAUUUUCUCGCCUUAUUGCUGCUUCCAAUUCAACUUGCAUUUCACAUUUUUGUAAAAAUCAGUAUCAUAAUUGGUGGAACAGUAAAUCACUCCUACGUUACGAAAUAUGUAGUACACUGAGGCUGGUAAUGGGUCGAGCACAUUGAGUCAUUUCACAGCCUUAUUUAGCUAUAAACGUGGUGUGAAUGGCUAGGAAUACACUAUGUGAAUGGUCCUGCCACGUCCUUUUUGCACGGGAUGUCGGGGGUGACAUACUAGCGUAUGGGUAUGUACGUGGGACUAUGUAUUGUUGGUAAGUUGUACACCUUUGAUCUUACUAAAACUGUUUAAUCAAUCGCACAUGCA